GAUUUUAUAGUCUCAUCGGAAGUUUUCGGCACCUCGCCACGGAUCUAAGGCGUUCCUCCCUAAGAAGCGCUCUAGGCGCCACAGGGGAAAAUGCAAGGCUUUCCCAAAGGACAACAAAUCUAAGCCCUGUCAUUUGACUGCAUUCUUGGGUUAUAAAGCUGGAAUGACCCACAUAGUGAGGGAGGUGGAUAGACCAGGAUCCAAGUCCAACAAGAAGGAGAUCGUAGAGGCAGUCACUAUCAUCGAGACUCCCCCCAUGAUGAUUGUUGGUGUUGUUGGUUACAUUGAGACCCCCAACGGUUUGAGACCUUUCAAAACCAUCUUUGCUGAGCACCUGAGUGAAGAUUGCCGACGACGAUUCUAUAAGAACUGGUACCGUGCCAAGAAGAAGGCCUUCACCAAGUACUCCAAGAAAUGGCAGGACGAGGAAGGCAAGAAGGAGAUUGACCGAGACUUCGCCAAGAUGAAGAAGUACUGCAAGGUCAUUCGUGUCAUUGCCCAUACUCAGAUGAAACUGCUGAAGAAGCGCCAAAAGAAGGCCCAUGUGAUGGAAAUCCAGGUCAAUGGAGGAACAGUCAGUCAGAAAGUGGACUGGGCCAAAGAAAAGAUGGAGAAGGCUGUCCCUAUAGACCAAGUCUUUGCCCAGGACGAGAACAUUGACUGCAUUGGAGUCACCAGAGGACGUGGUUUCAAAGGUGUAACAUCUAGGUGGCACACCAAGAAACUGCCAAGGAAGACCCACAAAGGUCUGCGCAAGGUUGCUUGUAUUGGAGCUUGGCAUCCGAGUCGAGUCCAGUUCAGUGUGGCCCGAGCUGGACAGAAAGGAUACCAUCAUCGUACAGAGAUUAACAAGAAGAUUUACCGCAUCGGCAAAGGCAUCCAUACAAAGGAUGGCAAGGUGAUCAGAAACAAUGGAGCCACAGAGUAUGACCCCGCUGAGAAGACCAUCACUCCCAUGGGAGGCUUCCCUCAUUAUGGAGAGGUCAACCAGGACUUUGUCAUGAUUAAGGGCUGCUGCAUGGGAUCUAGGAAGAGAGUUAUCACCCUUAGAAAGUCCUUGCUGACAACAUUCAGAAAGAAGGCCAUGGAGAAGAUCACACUAAAAUUCAUUGAUACCUCCAGCAAAUACGGACAUGGACGUUUCCAGACCUUCGAGGAGAAGAGAAACUUCAUGGGUCCCCUGAAGAAGGAUGCCCAGAAAGAGGCUGCCUAAAUGUGAAAGGACUGGAAAUAAAUGUCUGGAUAAUAAA